CGUCAGAGCCAGUUCCUCCAUUUAAGAUGCUGACUUGUUUAUGUUGAACGGGCAAGUGAAUUACUUUUUUCAGCUCUUGCACUCUUCUUUGAGGCUUUUUUUCUCUCAGUGAGCGUGAAGUCUGUUUUGUCACCGAGUUGUGGUUUGACAGAUACCUCCAGAUAGCAGAGAGAAAGAGAGAGAAGGAGGUUGACUGACACAGAGCGGAUAGGUAAGCAGGUUUCUUUAGCCGUGGAGUGGAGCGCAGUGGAUGACCGGUUGGUGGGCAGCCCUUAGCCCCAGCAGCUCUCCGUCCUGUGCCCGCUCUUGCUGCCCUGGGCACACAAACACAUAGAGGACACAGAGGAGGAGGAGGAGGAGGAGGAGGAGGAGGAGCAGGGUCAACCAUGGAGCUGUAGGGGACACGCUCAGAUGCCCGUGCGGACUACCAGUGGUGGAGGAGUCCCGCUGAGGAGAAGAGCUCUGCAAUGAACAAGACCAAAAGGAAGCCGAAUGGAGAGGGCCGGAAGCUGGUCCAGCGGAGGAGGAACACAUGUCCCAGCCCUCAGGACAUCACCCGGGCCCUGCAGAGCCCCAGCUCGGCCCCCAGCCCCAGCGCCGCCAGCCUGGAUGAGCUCAUACAGCGCUGCCUGAACUGCUUCGAUUUGGAGGGGAAGCUCUCCAGCCCCAGAGGGACCCAGCUGGUCCACAUGACCCUGAUGAUGCACAGUUGGGUCGUGCCGUCUCAGAUGUUCGCCCAGAAACUUCUCGCCCUUUAUAAGGAUUGUCCCUCGGACAAGAGGGGACCGAAGCGGACACAGAUCUGCCACCUUAUCAGGCAGUGGAUCAGCCAGUUCCCGGCAGUGUUCGAGGCAGACCCCCUCCUAGAGCAGACCAUGGGGGACCUGUGGGCGCUGGUCCGCUCAGACAGGGAGGAGACGCACUCGCAGCUCAUCGACACCUCCUGCUUAGGCCCUCAUGUGAACAUAUUCCAGGCACCCUCGCCCUCUGUGAAGAAAAGGAAGGUGUCUUUGAUCUUCGACCACAUGGAGCCGCACGAGAUGGCCGAGCACCUCAGCUACCUGGAGUUCAAGAACUUCUGUAAUGUUUCAUUCAUGGACUACCGCAGCUACGUGGUGCGAGGCUCGGUGAGGGACAACCCCGCUCUGGAGCGCUCCGUCAUGAUGUGUAAUGGAGUCUCCCAGUGGGUCCAGCUGAUGAUCCUCAGCAGACACACGGCCCAGCAGAGAGCCCAGGUCUUCACUAAGUUCAUUCACGUGGCUCAGAAACUCCGAAUUCUGCAAAACUUUAACACUUUAAUGGCAGUGACUGGAGGUCUCUGUCACAGCUCGAUCUCCCGCCUCAAAGACACCUCUAACCUGCUGUCUCCUGACAUCACUAAGGCCCUGAGUGAGAUGACAGAGCUGCUCUCCUCGCGCAGUAACUACAUCAACUACCGGCGGGUUUACAACGUAUGCAGCGGCUUCAAGGUGCCCAUCCUGGGGGUCCACCUGAAGGACCUGAUCUCGCUGAACGAGGCCCUGCCGGACUACAUCAACGAGGACAAGAUCAACCUGAGCAAGCUGGAGCACCUGUACAGCAACAUCAGCGACCUGGUGACCCUUCACAGCUGCACGCCGCCCUUCGAGGCCAACAAGGACCUUCUGCAUCUGCUCACGCUCUCUCUAGAUUUAUACUACACCGAGGAUGAGAUAUAUGAACUUUCAUACAACAAGGAGCCCAAGAACACCAAGAUCCAGCCCGUAGCACCGGUUAAAGCACCUGUAGUGGCGGAGUGGGGUUCAGGGGUCACCCCCAGGCUCGACCCGGACACCAUCUCUAAACACGUCAAGCAGAUGGUGGAUUCCAUAAUGAAGAACUACGACCAGAGCCAGGACGGAUACGUUGCACUGGAGGACUUUGAGAAAAUAGCAGCCAACUUCCCCUUCUCCUUCUGCACUCACGAAACUGACAGGGAGGGACAAAUCAGCCGUGAAGAAAUCACCUCUUACUUCAUGAGGGGAAUGUCUAUAUGUGCCAAGCUGGGCUUCAACUUCAACGCACACAACUUCCACGAAACCACGUACAAACGGCCGACGUUUUGCGAGACGUGUGGAGGCUUUCUGUGGGGAGUCAUCAAACAGGGCUACCACUGUAAAGACUGUGGGAUAAACUGUCACAAAAACUGCAAAGAUCUGGUGGGCAUGGAGUGCUUGAAGAAACACAAGAACACGACCGGGUCCUGUCCGUGCACCCCGGCCCCCAAUUUAAGAACCAAGGGUAGUAGCUGGAGUUCGGAGGAGGAGGCCUUUGUUUUCCCCCAAAGUAACGACACAGAAAACAACCAGGGCGUGUCGGACUGCUCCACUCAGACGGAUCCUGGGGUGUGGACGCCGCAGAAGAAGGACAAGAGGGGCAACCACCACAACUCUCUUGUGCAUGCAUCGCCGGAGAGAAAGCUCAACACACUGCCACAGAGAACCCGAGGCUGCUCCAUGCCCGUUUCCUUCCUGCAGGAGAAGAUGGAGGAGCUGCAUCUCCACAAAGACAAGAGCAGAGAGCCAGACUGAACACUCCGUCUGCUAACAUUUCCCCCGUCAUGGACAAAAACACACCCAGACACCACCACGUUUCUGACGAACGCUACGUCUGACUGGUGUUGAACUGAUGAGAUUUACUGGCCAUUCGCAUCAGAAGGCCAGCAGUUAUAUGUAUGGACUCCCUUGUGUUUUUCAAGUAUGGUUACUCGUGUUAUUUUAUUUUUGUCAGUCUUGUGAGUUCGGCUAAAUGUUCAGGCUUCAAGCACCGAUUGUCCGGAUGUAAUUUAUGAACACCUCGCUGGUGCCUUGGUUCUCUGGUGCUAAGAUUCAACCUCAAUCCAUAAGGUCACUCAUGACCACAGACAGGAGCUGCCUGGUCCUUAUACACACAACACAUGCAGGGUAGGAAAUAAACACUAAGAAUUGUCGCUGAAAUUGUCACUUUGGCAGCUAUAUGACAACUCUGCUCAUGAAUUCGGAAAGCAAGCAAGCAAAACAUUUGUAUUAUUGCUUUUUGUUUGGCUUAUGGUUGGGUGAUAUGGAGACGUAUACAUGAGACAAUUUGUCAACCAGUAGAUAUCGCUGUACUGUGUAUGAGGUAUCUAUUCCUUUAUUAUCUCUGGUUAGAUCAGGAAAGACAAUUUUUUUAAUCACUGUAGUCCUUUCUUGAGGGCGAUAAUGGAUUUACGGAAGUUUUCAUUUGAUUAACUAACUGGGCAUUUCCAUCUUGUUAGUUUCUUAAAUUUACAGAAAAUGCUAUAUUGAAUAUACAUAUAAAUAUAUAUAUAAUGAUGUCAUACCAUAUAACAUAUUGCCCUCAGUUUAGUUGUUCAUAAAUAGUGGAAGGAGCACGUGAAGUUUUAUCCAUAAACCACCAUAACUAGCAGUGGUAAAUGUUCAUUUCCUGCCCUGUCAACUUUUUGGACUUUUAAACAGUUCAUUCAAGGUUCAACAGAACUGCACUGGAACUAUUCUCUUUCAAGACAAAUGCUUCUUUGUUUCAUUCUUUGUCCACAAUGUCAAUCUUGUUGAAAAUAAGAAAGAUACACCAGCAAUGAUGAAUCCUGCAGUAUGUGUU